GUGGGCGCGUGUCGAGCUGCGGCCGCUGGGCCGUGGUUGUGCCGCACACCUCGGCGGGGCCUGGGAAGCGCCGCGGGCGCCUCUGUCCCUCCUCAGAAACGCGCGAGUGCCCUUCUGCACAGUCAGUGCCGGGAGGCGGCGCCGGGCGGACGGACCCGCAGGGUGGAGGGGAACCCCGGGCCCCGCCCCAGGUGCGCGCUGCUCUCGGGCCGGGCCCGGCCCCUACCUGCACGCGGCGGGCGUCGCCCCUCUCCCGGGCAGACUUUGCUCCCGGAGCGCGGGGACCGCGGCUUCCUGGGCCGCUCCCUUUGCGCUGCCGGCACGGACGGAGAUGUUCCUCCGCUGACGGCCGCCCCUCCGCAGGACCGCGCCGGCCCCGCUCCGCACGAUGUAUCCUCCACCAGAGCAUUUGGCUUGGACCAUGAUGCAGUUGUUCUGGUUGGUGCUGCUUUGCAUCCAUUCACCAUUGCCCGUGUUUGCUGGAGGCAUCACCCGAAUCUAUUACCUGGGGAUCCGUGAGGUGGACUGGAACUAUGCCCCAACAGGAAUGAAUGUGUUCAGCAACCAAAGCAUCGCACAUAGCCUAAAGGCCUCAGUGUUCCUCCAGCCUGGCAAGGACAGGAUAGGAGGUACAUACAAGAAAUCUGUCUAUAAGCAAUACACAGACUCUACCUACACCACUGAGAUUCCCAAACCGGCAUGGCUGGGGUUCCUUGGGCCCAUCAUCCGAGCGGAAGUGGGAGAUACCAUUAAAGUACACUUGAAAAACUUUGCUAGUCGGCCAUAUACGAUCCAUCCUCAUGGUGUCUUCUACGAGAAGGACUCUGAAGGAUCCCUGUAUCCCGAUAUGUCCCCCCAGGAUCAGAAGAAGGAUGAUGCUGUCUUCCCAGGAGGGAGUUACACCUACACUUGGACUGUCCCUGAAGAUCACAGCCCAACAGCUGAUGAUCCGAACUGCCUGACCUGGAUUUAUCACUCUCACAUUGAUGCACCAAAGGACAUUGCAUCUGGGUUAAUUGGGCCAUUGCUUACAUGCAAGGAAGGGAUACUGACAGGCACUUCUCAAAGGCGCCAGGAUGUGGAUGUUGAUUUCUUCCUGAUGUUCAGCGUGGUGGAUGAGAACCUAAGCUGGUACUUGGAUGAGAACAUUGCAUCAUUCUGCACAGAUCCGGGAUCUGUAGACAAAGAAGAUGAAGAAUUCCAAGAGAGCAACAAAAUGCAUGCUAUCAAUGGUUAUGUGUUUGGGAAUCUCCCUGCACUGACAAUGUGUGCUGGGGAUCAUGUUGCAUGGCAUCUCUUUGGCAUGGGCAAUGAAGUUGAUAUUCAUACAGCCUACUUCCAUGGAGAAACACUCAGCAUUCGAGGCCAUAGGACAGAUGUGGCCAGCCUCUUCCCAGCCACUUUUGUUACAGCGGACAUGAUCCCCGGUAACCCCGGGAGAUGGCUACUGAGCUGUCAGCUCAAUGAUCACAUACAAGCUGGGAUGGGGGCGAUCUAUGAAGUCCGGCCCUGUUCUCGGCAAGCUCCGGAGCGCGCCCUGCAGGGGAGAACUCGGAAGUACUACAUAGCUGCAAAGGAGGUGCAGUGGGACUAUGGACCUUCAGGACGUGACCGAAGCAGCGGGAAACAGCUGAGUGAGGCGGGCAGUCCUGCUGAGCAGUUUUUCAAGCGUAGCCUCUACCGAAUUGGGGGAGUUUAUUGGAAGGUGAAGUAUGUGGAAUAUACUGAUGAGAGCUUCCGUGAGGAGAAGCAGCAGUCUGAAGAAGAGAAACACCUUGGGAUACUUGGUCCUGUAAUAAAAGCUGAAGUUGGUGAUACCAUUCUGGUGAUGUUUGCUAACAAAGCCUCCUGGCCAUUCAGCAUCCAGCCUCAUGGAGUGUCCUAUGGGAAGGCAUGGGAAGGGAUGUGGUACCAUGAUGGUCUGUCCCAGAAUGGGGUGUCUGUUUUGCCUCUGCACAACUUUACAUACACUUGGACUGUACCAAAGCAUGCUGGGCCGACAUCCAGUGACCCUCCCUGCCUGACCUGGAUGUACAGCUCUGCUGUGGAUCCCGUCAGAGACACCAGUUCAGGCUUGGUAGGCCCUCUGGUCAUCUGCAAGCCAGGCACUUUAGAUGACAACAACAAACAGAAAGGUAUCGACAAAGAAUUUUACCUUCUCUUCAGUGUGUUUGAUGAGAACCUCAGCUGGUAUUUAAGUGCAAACAUAAAGUACUAUUUGAGGAUGGAAGAGACUUCUGUGAAAAAGGAUGAUGGCUUUGAGGAAUCGAACAGGAUGCAUGCUAUCAAUGGAUUUAUGUUUGGUAACUUGCCUGGGCUGGAUAUAUGUGAAGGAGACAAUGUAUCCUGGCACCUUCUGGGAUUGGGCAGUGAAGCAGACGUACAUGGGGCUGUGUUUCAGGGAAACACCCUGCAGAUGAAUGGGAUGCGGAAAGAUUCAACCAACCUAUUCCCCCAUACAUUUGCUACUGCCUUUAUGCAACCUGAUAACAAGGGGAUUUUUGAGAUCUACUGCCAGACAAGCAAUCAUUACCAGGCAGGAAUGAGGGAACACUACUCCGUUUCCAAGUGCAACAGGAGGGAUCUGGCUCCUGCUCUUGCAUACAGAGCGGUGCGCACGUACUACGUGGUGGCAGAGGAGGUGGAGUGGGACUACGCACCAGACCGGAGCUGGGAGAGGGAGCGGCACAACCACUCUGCAGAGAGCUACGCCGAUAUAUUUUUGAGCAAUAAGGAUGGACUGAUUGGCUCCAGGUACAAGAAAGCUGUUUACAGAGAGUACACAGAUGGGACUUUCCAGACCCCUAAGGCCAGGAUAAAUGGUGAUGAACACUUGGGGAUACUAGGUCCUUUUCUGUGGGCAGAAGUGGGAGAGAUUCUCAAUGUUGUAUUCAAGAACAACGCUACACGACCUUACUCCAUUCAUGCCCACGGGGUGCUGGAAAGGCAGACAGGACAGCCACAAGUAGCAAGUCCUGGUGAUAUAGUGACGUACCAGUGGGAAAUUCCUGAGAGGUCUGGUCCAGGGCCAAAUGAUUCAGCUUGUGUCCCUUGGAUCUACUACUCCGCGGUAGACCCAGUAAAGGAUAUGUACAGCGGUCUGAUAGGAGCCCUGAAGGUCUGCCGGAAAGGGACACUGCAAGUUGAUGGGAUCAGGAAGGAUGUAAAGAGGGAGUUUGCUCUGCUGUUCCUGGUUUUUGAUGAAAAUCUCUCCUGGUACUUAGAGGAGAAUGUGCAACGUUACAGUAAUGGAAAUCACAAGGAUAUUGACCUGCUGGAUGAGAAGUUUGUGGAAAGCAACAAAAUGCAUGCAAUCAAUGGGAGGCUGUAUGCAAACUUGCCUGGGCUGACCAUGUUUGAAGGGGAGUGGGUAAACUGGUACCUGCUGGGAAUGGGACAGGAGAUUGAUGUCCACACGGUCCAUUUUCAUGCUGAGACCUUCAUAUACAAGAGAGGCAAAAGCUACAGAGCAGAUGUUGUGGAUCUUUUCCCUGGGACCUUUGAAAUGGUGGAGAUGUUGGCUGGGAACCCUGGGACGUGGCUGCUUCACUGCCAUGUGACUGAUCAUAUUCAUGCUGGCAUGGAGAUACUCUUCCAGGUCUUGCCCAGACAAGAGCCAGUGCCUGAAGUUCUAAACUACAAUGAAGGGACACAACCUGAGGAUAAGGAUGAGUCCCAGAAGGUCAGGAUUUUUGGAGCUAAGUUGCCUCUAGGGCAAGUAGAAGCUGCAGUCAUUAUUCUAGCCGUUUCAGGAUUGGUCCUCCUCCUGAUUGCUGCCUUCCUCUUGGGAGUCGUCAUCUACCUCAGGAGGCAAAGGAAGCUAAGACGCAACCGGAGGUCUAUUCUGGAUGAUGGAUUCAAACUCAUGUCUAAAAAGAACGCGGGGCUAUAACAGCCACUAGGAACUCUGGCUGUGUGCUUGGAGCAGAGGCUCCAAGCAUUGGAGCAUUGUCUGCAGCAAAGACUUUAGGGCAUCACUUCUAUUGUACACUAGGCUUCUAGGAGCCAAGGAGGGGGACCUUUUCAAAUGAAUGAAGGCAAACAACGGGAAUACUUCUCAUCCAUAAGAAAGAGGAAAGAAUUCCCUCAUUUUCUUCUCUCCAGAACAAAUUUGGUCUCUUUCAGCACAAAAUCUUGGACCAAAUCCAGUCUUGCUCCAUUGCCAGAGCUGAGUUGGGCAUCGUCUCACAGCCGAACUAUCAGCCUUUAUUUUUCCCCUCCAGAUUAAUUUAAUCUGUGGAUCUGUGGUUUUGAGUGUGGGUUUUUUUCUGAUGAAUCAAGUAAGAAUGCAGAAGACAAAAUGUUAAUCUAGAGUUGGAUUGCUGUUUUUUGAUGAGUAACUGGACAGCUGUAAAUUCAGGACAAAGCAUGUCACAGUCUCUGAGAGCUGCACCGGGGAGCAUGACAACAGCUAUGCAUCACCAUCAGCCUUGCUGAUGCAUCCUUGUGCUCACAGCACCCUGGGCAGUGUGUCCUGUGUCUUGUGCUGAGUAAUAAGGCUUCCCUGUUCUGCAGAGCAUCUGGUGACUUCCCUGUGUCACAGUUCUGCUGGUGAGGUGCUGCACCCCAGCAUCUGUGCAACUCCUUUGCAGCAGGAGCGAGGCUGCUGUGGUGUUCUGUGAUAUGGUUUGCUCUCAUAUACAUUUAACUGAAGUUCUCUCAGUUCAGCUGCUGCCAUGUGGUGUGACCUGGAGUUUGUGCUUGGGGCAGAAGCGUGGGAGUGCUCCCCCCACAGAGUGUCAGCAGUGUGCUGCUGUGACAGCCCUAGGAGAGGGGCUGCGGCUGCGGUGCCCCCACUCACCCAAGAGGUGAGGGCCCUGGGGUCUGAGGCCAUGCGAGCGCUGCUGGCGUGUGGGGUGGCACAGCCCUGGUGGGCCCUGGGCCCUGUGUCUGCUGCCAGGCAAUGCCUGUCCUCCCACGGUCACGCUGCCCUGCGUGGGAGCACCGAGCUGCUCUGUGUGCCUGCCUGUCUGCCUGCUCUGAAUCCACUUGUGCAUCCGUGCUUACGUACUUCUGUCCCUGGUCUGAAAUUGGAAAAGGGAGAAAAAUCCUUUCUGGGUGUCUUUCAGCGGCAAUUAAAGCAGAGCUAGCUGAGUGGCUCUAAUGACAAGGAACUGCUGUGGGCUGUUUGGCUAUAUCACUCUUUUAUUUAGAGUGGUGGUUAUAACGUUCUUAAUCAUGCUUGAUUCAUAUUGGGUCCAGCUGCUCUUUCCUUUGGCAAAUGGGGCGAAAGUUCAUUAAUUUUGUUUCAUUAUAGUUCCUUAAACCUGGUGAGGAGCUGGAGGGCUGUUGAAUGCUCUGAACAUAGGCACUCUGCUCGUUGUCAGCCCCAGUUCAACUGCUGCUGCUACAGGCUUCCCACUCCUGAGCAAAUCUUAGCUCUGUCAUCAGGAGUAAGAACUGCACAGAAACUUUUGUUUUCCCCCCACACUUUGUCAAAAAAAAAAAAGUUAUCCACUUACACUGAGAGAAAAAUGAGUUGUUUUAAAUGUAUUCAUCUUAAAACAGAAAGGAGGAAGUCACCCUUUCUUCAGUUCUUCAUCUGGGUUUCAGUGCUGGCUCUGAAGCAGGGAAGCAUGGAGGCUGGAGCGGGAUCUCCAGAUCCUGUGUGUUCCUUAACCAGCAGGCUGUCAGGGUUUCUACAGUGUGGUGCUGAGGUUUGGUUGAUGGGAUCCUGGUGGAGGUCUGUUCUCCAGCUCUCUUCCCAGGCCAUGGAAGGAGCCUCACUGAGCAGCUCUUCUGGUUGGACAAGACAGGACAAAGCUUUCUGUUGGAGGGGGGAGCUGUGACAACAGUUUAUCAGUGACUUCACAACUGCCUCAUAUCAGAAGUUGGUUCUGCCAGCUGGUGUGUGUGGAGGAGGAGAUGUUUCACAGUUCUGGUGACUGCGAGCUGCCUGCAGCCUGUGAGCAAAUGUUUGCAUUGGCAGCAAGCCUUCUCUCUGAGCACCCUACAGCAUCUCCUUUCUACUCGUCCCUAAUGCACAGAUGGUCACCAAGGAGUCAUCUCGGCUUGAAGAGAGCAGGAGGGGCAGGAUGGGUCUCAGCAUUACUGCUCGGGGCAGACAAUGGGAUGGGGGUGGCAUUCCCCUUUUCAUUUCAGUCCCAGUUUAGCAAAGUGUAACACUUAAUGGUUUCUGAACUCUUUAAAAAUAUCAUGAGAGAAGCACCCUGUGUUUGUCUCUUUCUGUUUGUGCGGAGGAGGGUGUGGGUGACCCUUGUAGUUAAACCUGAAGCAGGAUCUGAUGUGAUGUGCAUCCGUUCCCCUUCUAGAAGUGGGGACAGAGGUAUAAGAUGCAAUUGCCCUGUGCUGAGCUGAGGCAAUAAGCCUGAGGGGUGCUCCCACUUCUUUUGCCCAUGCAAAGUAAACUAUCUGAGGAAAACUCUGUAGUGGUUUGAGCUAGAUCACAGAAUGGCUGAGGUCAUCUUGUCCAGCCCUUGCUCAGCAGGAACACCUGUAGCAGGUUGCCCAGAGCCAUGUUCAGGCUGGUGUUGAUAACUCUGUGAAUGGUUUGAGAUGGUAAAUACAGGAAAGGAUUGGAAGUGCACGCGCAUGGGCACAGGGAGUGAAAUGUAGGUAUCCAUGCAUUUAGAUAGCCUAAUGGUUUAGGAAACUAUAACAAUAACAGUAGUUAUUAACAAUAGUGCCAUUAUGAGUACAGAACAUCAUCUUUCAUAAAGAGCUUCUUUUUGAUGAAUUUCUUUUGUGAGAUAUGCAUAAGGAGCAGCUGAUGCUUCCUGUUGUAUUUUCUUAUAGCAGUACCUUCUGUCUGCAGCUCUUCCAGAUUUGAUAAGCUUUUCAGAUGUUUAUCUGCGGGACUACUCACCUACACAAAGUCACCAACUCCUUCCCAGGCUGUCGUAGGUAACUGCAAAGCUGAGUUACUCAUUUACAUGGCAGCAGGUGGAUGUUUGCAGGAAGGCUGAAAUGAAAAGCCCUCUGUUAGUGCUGCCAUCAUGCUCAGUAAUGGGCAUAAUCAGCCUGCAGUACUUAGUGGGGGGACCACUGCUACUGUGCUCUGUGCCAGGGCCAGUGUUCCAGGUGCCUUUCCUUUAUGCUCCCACUCAUGCUGCAAAUAUGAGAGAUACACAAGUCAAAAAGCCUUUAGGAUUUGCACGUGGAAGCAAAAAUGCUGUCUUGUUUGUUAUUUUUCUCAAAACAUAAAAGUUAACGUCAAAUUAACCUGAGGUACACUGUAAAAGUAGACUACCACUGGUAAUUGCCUGAGUGUCUUUCAUGUGUAAUGUAGUCUUUGGUUCUGAAUUAAAUAAUGUACAGCUUAACGUGCACUGCUUUGUAGUAUGUAAUCACCAUGUGGACUAUUUGCAGUGGUUAUAAUUUCGUUGGCCCAGCAAAUUACAGGAAUGAGUGUAAGCCCAGAGCUGUGUGCACAGAUGCUGCCUGGGGAAAGGAAUUGAAGCACAAUGGCUGCAAAGCAAUCUGCAAGAGCAUGAUCAGAGAUGGGUCUGAAUGCAGGUGAAGGCUGCCUUCAGCUUAUUCCUACCCAAUGUUACAACUGUCAGCAGGGGAGUUUACCGUGCCCCCUUAGAACUGUAUUUCCACUAUAUCGUCAUGCUGUUACCAGUUCUUACAGCUGUCCUGCAGCCUGUCAGCUGCAAUCAAUAGGUACCUGUCUGUGCAAAUCUGGAGGAGAAAUUUUAGAAUGACAGUGCAUUAGGAUAAAAGGAGCAUCACCAAGAAAACUGAGCUUGAAAAAGAGAAAAAGCAGUGGCAGGAGAGGGUGGCAGCAAGGAUUUUUGUUGAACAGUGAAA